ACCUUCCACGGCCACCGCGACAGCCGCCUCCGUCAUCUCACGCAACCUGCUCCUGUUCUCUCGGCUUUAUCCAUCGACUUUUUCGGUUUAUUUCUCCGUUUCCUCAAGCGUUCUUUGGUAGCAUCCACUUUACCACGCCGUUUAACUAUUCUUUGUUCUCGCUUACGAUCACGACUACAACCGCGCUUCAAGUUGACCUAACUUCACUUGACCUUAACCUCGCGACUCGACUUUCUCCGCUUCAAACUGUCGACUCCUUUUUUUUGCGACGAUCUGCGCGACCCAGUUCCAAUUCCACCCUGCUCCACUACCAACGUCUCAGGCAUCUUCCAAAUCUCCUUGGCCGCAACCGUUGAGCUUCCCCGCGUGGAAACGCGACACAUUUCUCCAACUUGAACUGCACAACCGUUCAACAUGGGACGAAGAAAGAUUGAGAUUAAGGCGAUCAAAGAUGACAGGAAUCGCUCUGUCACCUUCCUGAAACGCAAGGGCGGUCUUUUCAAGAAGGCUCAUGAGCUUUCCGUCCUUUGCUCCGUCGAUGUCGCCGUCUUCAUUUUCGGUAACAACAAGAAACUUUACGAAUAUUCGUCAACGGAUAUGCGAGAGCUUAUCCACCGAUAUCAAUAUCAUGGCGGUCCCAGUGAACACAAAGGUCCUUCCGACUUCAACGGUGGAAACGAUGAUGACGAGGAUGAGGAGAACGACGGCACCCCUCCCCAUGGUCCUGAAGUUGUCGAGAACCAGAUGAUGCCUCCCCAUGCUUACGGACAACAUCAACCUCCUUUCCCACAGAUUCGGCAUCAUACACCUUCAGCAUCACCACCUAUUGGCAAUGGUGGCCCAUUCCAAGCGCAUCCUGGUCAUCCUAUCCAGCGACAACAUACUCCGCAACCAUCGAUCGGCUCACGACCGGCAUCUCGAACGGAUAUGCGCCGCAUGGGUCCUGGCAUGGUCCAGCCUCCACCUCCGGCCGGCCCUCCGCAUCCCGGAAUGAAUUACAUGCCCAACCCGCCUAUCUACAACUCGCCUCAUCCUCCCGGUCUAAUACCUCAACAUGGUCCUCAUCCUCAAUAUGCUUAUCAUCAACAGCCUAGCCACAUGCAGCAACCAGGACCGUACAUGGAUGACCGCAGGUCCCCGAUGCCCUCUCCGAUGCCUCCCGCUUACACUUCGCAACCGCCGUCACAACCAAUUCAAGCUCCUGUUCGUCCAACGCCAUCGCCUCAACCACCUCAACAACAGCUUCCUCCAAACAUGUCACAAAUGUCACCUCCGCCGCCCCAGCCUGAACGUCGACUUCAUGAUCCUCCGCCACCGCCUCCCGUGGAACCCAAGACGGAACCACAAGAACGCCCUCAGCCGCCAUUACUGAACACGGACAGUGCCAUUAAAAAGCUACCUCAAAGAAAAUCUCACAGUAUCUUCACUCCCAUCGAAGAGAACCGGUCUAUUUUGUCCCAGCAUCUGGCAUCUUUUACUUCCGAGUCGAACAAAUCAGAGUCUGCUGCUGCCGCUGCCGCUGCUAAUGCUGCAAACGCCGCCAACCGUUCACAAUCAGUUGAUGUGGCUGCACUGAACCGGGCCGCGGAUGGGCCCAAAUCAUCACCCCAUUUGCCACAGCGUGCCAGUACUCAGACCGAUGAAAAGUCUCGAACGGUAUCGCUGUCGUCAAUACCAGAAACUACUUUGACUCCGCCUUCGCGUUCUAACAGUGCAAAGGCUGGCGGUCCUGGAGGAGCUCGACCUCGUGGCCCUCGCUUAACGGUGCAGAUUCCGGAUGGAGGAUCUGAAGGCGGCGGUAGCGCACGAACGGCAGAGUCAAACUCGCCGCGGGUCGCCACAGAAACUACAACGCAGGCGCCCCAGCGCCACAACUCUCAGUCAUCACUUGUGCUUCCUCCUCCCUCUCCGUCUGCGUCAGCAAUAUUGUCCGCAGGUGCUACUGGUCCGCCAAAUCCUUUUGCCCGGCCGCCUCCUCAGCAGAAUGUGAAUGGUGAUACUCCUGUCUCUGCCUUGCCAUCACGCUUCUUGACAAAUGAACUCCUUCCGAGCCCAAGUAGCUUCUAUCCCGAUUGGAACUUCCGGGGAGGUGACAGUAACACACUACCAAGUCCGCUGAACUUUGCAACGCCAGUUGUCGGUUCAGGCCCUAGUUUCCUCAGAGAUGACCUGAAUACGACACCAAAUGCAAACUCAAACGCUUUCAAGGACAGAGAUCCUCUGCCUAAUGCCAAUGGGAGCUCAGGUCAAAACUUGAGUGUAGCUCCAAGCAAUUCUACUGCAACGAAACGAAAGACUCCUGAGCCAGGAGCCACAACGCAGAGCGAUACUGCGGAGGAGUCAGAACCAAAGCGGUUGAAGGUGGACGAGUAAUGCUCGUCGAAAAGUGUUCUCAUAAAAAAGUUCUUUUUGCUAUACGCUUCAAUCGACAGGGCAUCAUAGGCUGGCCUCUGCAUGCCAGUCAUAGAACGUCAUCAGUACCGGCCAGUGUCUUGUUUACGGCCUUACAGUCUCUUGUUUUGAGGCAGCUUUUGCCUGUAUUCCUUUCAUCUUGAAUAUUAUGCCUGGCUUGUGAGCCCCUUGAGUAUAGGGAGGG